AUGGCGUCACCAGCGCGGGCGCAGCGCGCGGAGCUGGGCGGCGCCGACGUGGGCGACGCCGAGGCGGGCGCGGAGGCUGGCGCGCCGUCGGCGCAGGCAGCCGCGGCCCCAGCGGGGCCACCCGCCUCUGGCGCCGGCGCUGGCGUGGAGGUCGCCGGCUUCGAGGGCUCGCUGCUGGAGGCGAUCGCCGACGGGGCCGUGGCGCAGCCGCCGCUGCUGGCCUUCGGCGCCUGGGUGCAGUGGCGCGCCGGCCCAGGUCGCCGGCUUCGCACGGCGCCCGCGAUCGCGGCCAGCGAGAGCGCGCUGUGGCGGAGCACCAUGGAGGCGCUGCACGGCCACGACUGGCAGGCGCGGCUGCGCCAGCAGGGCCCCGCGGCGGCGCGCAGCCCCGCGACGCCGGCGGCGGCGCAGCCGCCGGCGGCCGACGACGUCCUGCGGCUGCUGGACUCGCCGGUGCGGGCGUCCGACGCGGGCUCCGACGCCGCUGGAGCCCUGUCGGACGGCAGCUGGGGGCCGCUCACGGACGACGAGGUCCUGGAGCGGCUGCUCAAGGACGUGGAGCCGCACGAGUCGAUGCGCGACUUCGAGCGGCGCCUGCUGCGCGCUAGGGCUGUGCUGACGCUGCGGCGGCAGGCGGUGCCCGAGGGCGCGGUCGAGUUCGGCAUGAGGAAGGCCCGCUUCCUGGUGGAGGCGCGGGCCCACGGCGAGGGCGUGGCGGCCGCGCUGGAGGCGAAGCUGCACGCCGUCCUGGACGUCGAGACGGACGACGCCGACGAGGACGUGCGGGCGCUGAUGGACCUCCUCGCGGUGGCGCGCGGCGGCGGCAGCGCUCGCGACGCCGUGGCCGGCGGGGCGCCGGCGCGGCCCCCGCGGGGCCACCCGCCUUCCCCGCGGGGCCACCCGCCCACCGGCGUCGGCGCGGCUCCCGCGGGGCCACCCGCCUUCCCCGCCUGUGGCGAGGACCUGCCGCCGGGGCUUCCCCCGCGGGGCGGGCCGAGCGAGGCGGGCCAGGCGGAGCCCAGCUUGGCGGCAGCGCUGCAGGGGCUCGCGGGGGCGCUCGGCCGGCGGGCCGACAAGAAGUCGUCGACGAUCCAGGUGAAGCCGCACUACAGUCUGCCGACCCUCGGCGACGGCGACUUCGACGUGGAUUCGUUCGUGGAGGAGUUCGAGGAGAUGGUCGGCCUGGCGAACGACGGUUCGGGCAUGUCGGCGACGGAGAUGGUGCGUGUGCUGGGGACCUGCCUGAAAGGCUCGCGUCAGCGGCCUUACAAGGUCGAGCUGAAGCAGGCUCGCCGGUCAGGCAGGCUGGCGGCGGAUCCCGACGAGGUGUACCAGAGCCUCAAGGAGAGGCUGAUGGAGUUCAAGGAGGGCCUGCUGGAGAAGCAGCAGCGGCUCAACGCUGAGUGGAGGACGCUCUCCCGAGGCAAGAUGAGCGCGCUGGAGUUUCAGGCGACGUUCGAGAACAUCGUGGCGGAGAUGGAGCUGGCUGGGAUGGGCAAGUCCGAUCGUGACUUGCUGCUCGGCUACUUGGCGCUCAUCCCUCCCGCGCACCGGGCAGAGGUGCUCAAGGAUCGCCGAGUGUAUCAGCGCUCUGGCGCCCAGCCCGAGGUCCGCGGCGUCGAGACCUGGAGGGAGGCCCAUCGCGUGCUGCUGAAGCUGGAGGAGGCCGAGAGCUCGGCCAAGGCGCUCGUCGCGGCGGUGGGCUCGGACUUCGCGCCCAGCCCGGGCGGCGGCGGUGGCCGGCGUCGGCGCGGCGGCGGUGGCGGCGAUCAGGAGCCGCCCGAGGUCGGCGCUGUUGGCGGCUCCGGCGGCGCCGGCGCUGAGGGAGCUGUGAAGGUCUGCUUCCAGAUGCGGGACAGCGGCACGUGUGCCCGUGGCGACGCCUGCAGGUUCUCGCACGACCGGGCUGCCAUCGCCGAGUCGCGGAGGACCAAGAAGGACGCGACCGGGCCGAAGGGCAAGGGCGCGGACGGCAAGAAGGGCAAGGGCUCGGACGACGGCGGCAAGGGCGGCCUCAAGUCGCAGCUCUGCCUGCAGUUCCUCCGGGGUGCGUGCAGCAAGAGCGAGAAGGACUGCAAGUUCAGCCACUCGGGUAAGGCAGCUCAGAAGGUCAUUGCAGCGGUCUAUGCUGGCGCGGCCGCAGCUAAGGUGCAGGCUGCGGCGGGGGGCAAGCUCGAGUGGGUGCGACCUUGUGGCGGAGUCUUCGGCCCGAGCUACGACCUCCCGCAGGUGAGCGUCGUCAGGGGCUCGCCUUCGCCCGAAGGAGCUCUGAAGGACCUGGACCAGAUCCCCGCCAGCGCCUGGACGCAGGUGCAGGAGCCCGACGACGGGUACCACUACUUGUGCCACACGCAUGUCUACGGCCUCAGCAUCAGGACGCUCCUUGAUGGCGGGGCCGUGUUCUCCCUGACGUGGGAGGCGACGAUCGUCAGCAUCAUCAACGGCGCGAUCGCGGAGGGCAAGUCUCCGGAGGACCCUGACUGGCCGAUCGCGGGCCUGAUGCACUGGGGCCGGGACUCGAAGGCCUCGUCGGUGGCGGACAAGGGCGACCUGAAGAUCCGUGGCAUGGUGGACCUGCGCCUGGCCUUCGAGGGGCUGGACGGCACGCGAGUGGUGCGCGUGUUUCGCCUUCGGCUUCUGCGCGGGGGUUGGGACAGGCCGUUUCUUAUCAUUCUUGGGGCCCCAGCGCUCGAUGCACCCCCUCUGGGGAUCGGGCACCGGCCUACGCUUCAGGGCCACUACCUACCGGGGCUGGGCAUCACGGUCAAGCGUGCAGAGGCCGACGCGGUGCAAGCGAAGCUGUUGACCAUCUCGGCGGUGUUCUCAGAGUGCGAUGCCGAUAGGCGUCGAGGUGAGGAUCGUCGGGCUUCCAGUGCUGUAGGAUCCCUGGUGUGGUCCGGCGCGGCUUGCCCGAGCUACCCCAUCUGCAUGGUCGGCGGCCAGUGCCCCGCGGAGUUCGGCGGCGGCGACACAGGCGUGAUCGUGCUCGACGACUCGGAGUCCGCCGUCCCCAUCUACCUGAGCGGCGAGGAGGGCGUGCGGCUGGAGCUCGGCGACUGCGCGCUGGUGCCAGCUCGCGCUAGCGGCCUCGCAGCGGGUGUCGUCGGCGACGUGGUGGCGAAUGGCGCGGCGGCCGUCUGGGCCGCCCCCGGCCCUUGGCUUGGCCGGGAGCAGCUCGUCCUGGUCGGCAACUGGGACCAGCCCGGCGUCAGCAUCGAGGUCGGCGACAUCGUGGGCGCCGUGAUUCAGACCGAUGGCGAGCCGGCCGGCGACGACCCGUCGGUGGCGCACGUGUGGCAGGAUUGGGACGAGCUUCGGGACAUCGUUGAGCUGGAGGUGCCGACGGACGAGUACUACGCCGAGCGGCUGGUCUACUGGCAGCGGAAGUACCCGAAGGCGGCUACGACCCUCCUCGAGCAUCUCUUGGCGGUCGAAGGCCUGCUGGACGUGUGCAUCGCGGCCGGGUACUCCAUGGGUGCCGAGAAGUCCCUCGACAGGCUGGCUCAGCCCUCCAUCGAGGCGCUCGGCGAGAUCGUGGGCCGCGAGGGGAGCGAGGCGUGCGAGCGGCAUCUGGAGCUCAUCAAGAACUGGUCGGUGCUCGAGGACGUGGCGGCGCUGCGGAGGUUCCUUGGCACGUUCAACUGGAUCCGCGGCCACUUCCCCAAGGAGGUGCAGAAGCCGCUGGGGAUCCUCACGCAGCAGCUCAAGAAGGACGCCGAGUGGCCGAUGACCUCCGAGAAGGUUGCGGCCCAGCGCGCCAUCCAGCAGCUCGCGUGCGAGGCCAUCCGCCUCGCGGUGAUCGACAUGGUCGGGGCGAUCUCGAAGGACCGCCCGCUCGAGCAGGUCGCGGAUUUUUGCCCCUACGGUUGGGGCGGCAGCGUGUAUCAGCUGGCCGCCGACCGCCGCACGCUCAACGUGCUGGCGAUGUACGGCGGCUGCCUCAGCUUGGCGCAGAGCAACUGGCACCCCCGCAGGGGUGAGCUGUAUGCGCAGCGGGAGACCAGGCGGGAGGCACGUAAGGAUUUCGGUCGGCUGCCCACCCUGUGCUGGACGGACCACGCGGCAGCGGUGAAGGACGCUACGGGUGAGGCCGAGACGGACUCCACCGUCAUCCGCUGGGUUGGCGAGAUCGAGAGCGACGGCAGCAGGCUGAUGAAUCUCUCGGGGCGGAGCGCGGCCCUUGGUGAUGGCCCCUCCCGAGAGAACGAGGCCCACGGCAAGUUCCUGCGCGAGCAGGCUCACUCCCUGGCGAACAUCACGAUCGAGGACAUCAUCGGUGAUGACUACCGUCCGGGGGAGGGGGUCCCGUGGGGCCUGGACGAGACUCCCGACGCGGCCGCCUUGCAGCUGGUGGCCGUGGCCGGGGCGGAGCGCGAGAAGGGCGACUCCAUCGCGCUGUACCUGCCGGACUACGGGUGCGAGAGGCGGCGGAGCGCAGAGCAGGCGCGAGCAGCUCGUCAGCUGCAGCUGGCGGCGCCAGGCCUGCGGCUGCGCAUGAUCCCGCACGACCCUCCGCUGGCAGACGGUGCCGGCGGCCUGUACUACAUCGCGCCUCCUCGCUUCCCAGGUGAUGCGAGUGGUAAGGCGCGGAAGCAGCUUCGCAAUGACGUGCUGACCGCGGUGGCCGCCGUCUUGCGAGAGUGUGCCGCGCGGUGGCCCAAGGUCGUGAUCGGGACGGGCCACGGCGGGCUGGUGGCGGCUGCAGCGGCCCACCCCAGAGUGGUGGAGGCCGCUCUCGCGCUGCGGUACGCGAGAGAGGCGGAGGGCAUGCAGGUCGCGGAGGCGUGGGUGAACGUCAGGGCGUUCGUGGCGAUCGGGCCGCGCGCCCACAGCCCGAGCAGGAUCGGCUUUGUGCGAAAGGCGUUUCCGGAGUUCGGAGCGGCUGCCCACGGCGACGAGCGCCCGGCCCCCCUCUAUUUGGUGGAGGGCGCCGGGGCGCACCGCCGUUUCGGGCAGGACCUCGGCGAGGCGCUGGGCGUGAAGGUGUCGGCCACGCUGGGCGAGGUCCUCAUGCAGGAGGUGGUCUCUGCCCCCCCGCGGAUGCUGGAGUUCAGCGGGGGGCGCUGCGCGUGCGGGCGGAGUUCGCUGGUGCUGGCGCGGUGCGGCCAGUGCAUCAGGGCCGACCGCGAGCUCGAGGAGGAGGCGCGGCUGGCUGAGGCGCCGGAGGAGGCGUUCGGGGAGCCCGACGUGGUCGACGUGGCGGCCUCGGCGGCGCGCAUGCGCGCGGUCCGCCCGCAGCCGGCAGUCGCCGUCGGGCCUGGCCCCUGCAUCGCCGUGUCGGCGGAGCUCGUGCGGGACCUCCUGGAGUUUGGCGGCGGCCGGGCGGAUUUCACGUGCAACUGCAUCCGGGUCCGCCGAGCGCCGGCUGCGGGCGUCGUGGCCUUGGAGGCCGCGCGGGUUUUUUCCUAUCGGCUGUCGUGCUUUGUCGUGCCGCAGGGGCCCGAGCCGGGCGUGGAGGUGGCGCUGGCGCAGCCGUGCGUGGAGUUCGGGCUGGAGCUCGUCACGGAGAUCGACGUGGAGCUGCUGCAGGCGGGCUUGCCGAAGGGCGCCGAGCUGGUCCAGCUCUUCGCCUGCGCCUGGCUGCUGUGGGAGGGCGGUGCGCGCCUCCCCGCGCUGGGCGCUACUCACGUGCAUCGGCACUGCAGGGGGUCGGCCAUCUGCAACGGUGCGGUCGUCAAGGUGUCCUCCUACUCCUCCGCCUACUCCGAGGUCUUCGCGGGAGCCCUGGGGUUAUCGUGGUACCGGGCCCUCCGCGAUCGCUUCGGCGGGCGGGCAUCAGGAGCCUUCGUCGAGUUCGCGGACUCCGACUUCGCGCGCGGCGAGCGGGAGGCCUUCGAGGUGCCGGACGUCCUCGGGGCGAUCACCGGCAUGCGGGCGCCGACGUCUGAGCAGGUGUGCUCCGUCGGGCGCGUGGCAUGUGCCCCGGAGCGCGGCACUGCAGCCUUCGACGCGGAGGUGGCGGACGGGCGCAAGCUGGAGGACGCCGACAUCGCCAUCAGGGAGGAGUACGCCGCGAAGGUGCGGGGCUGUGAGCCUGAGGCGGGGAGCGAGCCGUUCGAGCUGUCCAAGUCGCUCCGUGCCCACAUCAUCGGGGACCAGUGGAAGGACGAGGAGUGCGGGGCCACCUGCAUGCAGCUCCGCGCCGAGCCUGGCGCCGGCGACACCCCCGAGGCGCAGCGCCUCGGGGAGGACUUCGCGCUCGAGCAGUUCGUGACGGUGGGCCCAGGGGAGCAGCGCUGGCUGCUAUGCGCCCGGCGGCUGGUGGUUUGGCCGGGGCUCGCGGCGGACAUCGAGAAGUGGUGUGCUAGCUGCUGGGCCUGCCUCCGAUUCAGGAAGCAAACUACGAAGGUGCAGGCCAGCUUCAUCGUGGCACGGCACCGGCUUCCUUUUCAUCAUGUGGUCAUCGACGUGGAGGGCCGCAUCACCCCCCCCGACGUCGACGGGCACGCGUACGUGCUGACCUACAUCUGCGUGACGACGGGGGCGCCCCUGCUCGAGCCGCUCAAGCACCUGCAGCACUCCGAGGUCCGGCGUGCCUUCUUUCGAUGCGCGACUCGGGCCAAGACCUGGCCGAUGCUUGUGAGCUCGGAUCGGGGCAAGGAGUUCUGCAACGCUCUCAUGGAAGAGCUCUGGGCGCUCCUCAACUUCGCGGGCCGCUUCGGCACGUCGUGGAGGCCCUGUGAGCAGGCGGACGCGGAGCGGUCCCACAUCGAGUGUGCGAGGGAGAUCGGCAUUUUCCUGCACGACGUUUUUAAGUGUGCCCCCGGCCAGUGGGCCGAGCUGCUGCCGAUCGUCGAGUUCGUGUUGUGGAACUCGCCCGGCAAGUCGGCGCUGUCGCCGAGGGACCUCUGCAUGGGUUGGUCGCUGGCUUCGCCGCUGGAGAGGGAGCUGCUGCCGCUGGAGCCCGCCGUUCGUGAGGCGGUCUCCGACGUCGCGGCAGCGCAGUUCGAGCAGUUCAGGCGUUUGCGGGAGGUUUAUCUUCAGCAUCGGGCUCGAGCCGGCCGACGCAGGGCGGAGCUGGCCAAUCGCACGAGAUCGUCGAGACGCCCGGAGGUCGGGGACAUGGUUUUGUUCAAGGACCCGAAGCUCUCCAAGGCCGUGGCCGGGCACGCUCCCGGCCGCCGGCCUCUGCGUGGCCCCUUCGAGGUCCUCUCCACGAAGGGCAACGUGGCCACGUUGCGGGACCCCGAGACCCAGCAAGUGCUCAAGGACGUCCACGGGGAUUUCUUGGUCGGCGUCCCGGGCUUGGUUGACGACGCGGAGCGCAUCGUGAAGUUGGAGGAGGACGACGGCCGUGGCAGGGCCUCUGCCGGACAGCUUCUGGCAGCGCGGCUGGCCCCUGGAGGCGGCGAGGCCGCCGAGGCGCUGGCGCCGCGCGUGAAGGCGCGGAUGCGAGAGGUGAAGGUCGGGCGGCUUGUCGCCUACCAGGGCGAGGAGGCGAAGCGCUGCAGGGUGGGCAAGGUGCUGAGCCUGGCCGAGGACCUGAGCAGCGUGACGGUGCACGUGUACCAGGCGGCGGUCGACGGACGGCUGCAGGUGGUCUGGACAGCGGCGUACGACCGCCAGGAGGGCGCGGACUUCCAGCGGCAGAGAGUCGAGACACUGGAGGCGAAGCGGGUGCUGGGUGUCGUGGAGCUCAACAAGGGCGUGCUGAACCACUCGGCAGCGAGCAGGCUGGCGCGGGCCGGCUGGCGGCUGGACGAGGGGACCGUGCGUCACGGCGCCUUGGCGGCGGCGGCAGUAACGCCGGCCGCGCCACGGCUCUCCGACCUCCCCUCGAGCCGCGUCAUCGCGCUCGUCGCAGCUUGCCGCCCGCUCGAGGAGCUCGACCUGAAGAUCGGCGAGGUCCAGGCGUGGGCGCACGGCGCUCCCCUCUUCGUGGAGAUCUUCGACGGGGUCGGGAGGCUCUCGCAGGCGGUCCGGAGCUUAGGCGCGGCCAACGCGGUGUGCAGCGUGGUGGCCGGCAUCGACCUCAAGCGCAGGACGUACGGGCAGUACUGGGACCUCAGCAGGGCUAAGGACCGUGCCCGGCUGCGCUACCUGCUCUUCGAGGUGCUGAGGCCGGCAGGAGCCCACUGGGCGCUCCCUUGUGCUAAGUGGAGCAGCCUCGGGGGCCACCAGCCCGACGCCAACGCGCACGCGCUAGCCUCCUUCACCAUGGACGGCCUCGAGCACUUCGACGGCGCGGGCUGCCUGGCCUCCUUCGAGGGCCCGCGAGCGCACGCGCUGGUGGCGAGCGUGGAGUGGCAGCAACGGUUCGGGUCAGCCGAGGCGCCGCGCGGGCGCUGGCGUUACGUGCUCCCCGACGGCUGCAUGUUCCACUGCAGGAGCCCGGAUGAGGAGCCCCUGGCCAUGCAGAAGCCGUACGUCAUCGUGGGCAACUUCCCGCUGGACUUGCUGGACGUCCAGUGCCGCCGUGGAGCGCUGCGGCCGCUAGGGCGCGGCCUCGAAGGCGUCGAGGUCGCCUCCGCGGAGCUGGGCAGCGUCGCCGGGAGCUCCAUGAUCGGGGCCGCGCGGGCGCUGGAGGGGCCCCGCAUGCCCUGCGAGCCGGGACGCGCGGCCGCUCCGGCUGCUGGGGUGACGAGGUCGGUGGACAAGCUGAGCGACGCCGAGAUGGCGGAAAAGAAGGCACGGCGGGAGCCGGCGGCGGCGGCGGCGAAGAAGAAGUGGGCCGAGCUGGCCAAGAAGGGUGACUGGGACCAGGUGCGGAUGCCCGGCAAAUGCUUCAGGUUUGCCGAGGUGAAGGUUUCGCCGAGGCGCUCUGCGGAGUACAAGGCCAAGGUUCUGGAGGCGGUCGGGCUCGUCGGCGAGUGCGCGGGCUACAAGCACCUGGGCAGCCAGGAGCUGGAGGCGCUGAAGGAGAUGAUCAGCCUGAAGGCCGAGGCGUUCUGGGUGAAGGGCACCGCGCGAACGGUCAUGCGCGGCUUCAAGCACGACGUGGUGACGACCGGCUUGCCUGUGCGUGGGCCGCCGAUCCGCCUGAAGGGCCCCGAGGCUUCCAUCGUCCGCGAGGAGCUCGAGGCGGGCGUGGAACAAGGACUGUACUCCAGGGGGACCUCGCCCUGGGGCAGCUGGGCCUUUCCGACCAAGGAGCACGCGAGCGGCCGGAGGCGUCGGACCGUCGUGGACUACCGCAUGGUCAACCGCAGGAUGGUGAUGUUCGUGUACUACAUCCGCCGGUGCCGAGACGUCAAGGGCGAGCUGGUGGGCUGCGCCUUCAUCUCCGGCAUGGACGGCGCUCGCGGCUUCAACCUCCUGGUCAACACUGAGCACGCGAAGGAGGUCCUGGCUGUGCUGGCGGACUGCGGCUGCUACCUCCCCGAGGUGCUGCAGCUGGGGCCAGCGACGGGGCCCUUCGACUUCCAGUUCUGCACCGACGAGCUGUUCACCGGCACCGGCCGCGGACGCUACGGUUCGGUUUGGAAGAACUACAUCGACGACUUCUGGGUCAGGACGGGGCAGUGGCUGAACGGUCGCGCCUACACCGACCGAGAGUACGAGGAGAUGCUGGCAGCGGCAUCCCCCCCCCCGGCUGCCUCUCGCCCGCUGGGCGACUCGCUGGCAGCAGCCGGGUUCGCGGGGACUCGCAAGGCCAGCCAGAGCUACGACCACGCCAAGGGCGUGCUCGUGGGGCUGUGCGUGGCGCAGUCGGCCACGGGAGCGGCGGCCAUGGACGGCGGCGGGGUUGCCUUGGCGAACGGCCUCCGCAUGCUGGUGGUGGCUGCCGCGGUGCGCACGGCAUCCUUGAUGGAUGAAGGGCUGCGCGCGGGCGUGCAGCUGACGCAGGACAUCUUCGAGGCGGCCGGCGACCUGGUCCAGAGCGUCUCCUGGAACCUCAGCGGCCUCAUCCACGAGGUGUGCGAGGGUGCGGUCCUGGUGGUGCGCGUCCUGGUCGUCGUGCAGUGCUGCUACGCUCUCUACUGCCUGCGCUCGUGGGUGGCUUGCCGUUCGCAGCGGGCGGCGCUGGAGCGGGCCGCCACCGCCGGCGAGGCGGCUCAGCGCGGACUCACGUCCAGCGCGCGAGCCUGCGAGGCCGGCGACGGGCCCGCCUUCGGCCGCGAGCCGAUGGCCAGGGCGGCAGCCGCUGGGAGGAGCCCGGGCGGGGCCCUCUCAUCAGCAGAUGGCGCCGCCAGCCCUGUGGUGGCGCUGUGGCGCGAGGCGGAGUUCGAGACGCCCCUGCUCGGAGCGGCGGCACGCCCCCGAGCGGAGGUCCUCCAGAUCCAGCGGAGCGCGGCGGUGGCGCUGCGGGACCUGGAGCACUCGGACCGCCAGCGCGCCGCGCGCGCGCGCGACCUGGCCGCUUGCGGUGCGGUGGUGUCCGCAAAGCUGGUGGAGGCUGCGCGCAGCUCAGCAGUGAAGGACGCGGGCGACCUGUGCGAGUUCGAGGUAGAGGUGGCCGGCAGCCGCGGCGUGCGGUAUGAUGUGCGGCUUCGCGCUGGACGCUCGGCCGCAGCGUUGCCCCCCGCGUCGUGCACCUGUGCCGACUUCGUCGGCGGCGUCGGCAGCCCCUGCAAGCACAUCGGGGCGGCCUGGUGCUGCGCGGUGGACGGCAACUUCAGCGAGCUGGUGGAGCUGGCGCUCGCGGCUGGCCGCAAGGAGGGAGCUGCCGCUGGGCCUCAGCGACGCGCGGCCCUGGCGCCGAGCGACUCCCUUGGCCUCGCGGGGGCCGUGCGGGAGCUCCGCGACUCGGAGGCCGAGGUCGUGCGCCUGCGCGAGGAGGUCCAGCAGCUGAAGGCGCAGCUGGGGGCGACCUCCAGGCGCGGAGCCGUGACCGAGUUUCUCUCGGCGUCGGAGACGCUGGCGGCUUGGGCGCGGGCUUGCGGUGAGGCCGAGAGCUAUGUGUAUGUGGCGUGCUUCACCUUCGACCAGCCGGGCGUGGUGAACUACCUGGAGGCGGCUCGAGCUCGAGGCCUCACAGUCCGUCUGGUGUUCAGCGGCCGUGACAAGGCCUUGACCAACAACCAGGGGCCGCGCCUGCAGCGGCUCCGAGCCUGUGGGUGCGAGGUGCGCGCUCACAAGGGCUCGCGGCUGCACGCCAAGGUGAUGAUGACAGAGCGCGAGAUCGUGCUGGGCAGCUGCAACUUCACGACUGCCAGCCUGGGCAACGUGGAACGCGGGGCCAGCCUGCAGGAGCUAUCCGAGGAGACGGUGCUCGAGCAGAAGGAGUGGUUCGAGCAGCUGUUCGAGGCGGCGGCGCCCUUCAAGGACGGGAUCGGCCGGCUGGCGCGAGGCCGAGCGGCCGUGGCGCCGAGGCGUGAUGCGCUGGAGGCCCGCCGGGCGAGAGGCUCAGCGGCCGCGGCGCGGGGCGCUGGAGGCCAUCUGGGCGAGAGGCCCAGCGGCCGUGGCGCCGAGAUGGCAGGAGCGCGGCAUUUUGCUGCGCCGUCGACGCCCGGCAGCGCCGGGAGCUAUGAGCGACUGCAUGGCGCCGAGUUCGGCGACUUCGAGGAAUUCAUCGACUUCAUUUUUGUGGAGCGGCACGUCGUGGAGGACGUGCCGGGGCGCCUGUGCCGCGGAGUGGUGCCCUGCUCGAG